AUGGUGGCGGAAGCAGAGGUUGUGUGUCAGCAAAGCGUGGGUGUGUUGGAGGUGAAGUAUUUUCCGAAUAAAGGAAGCAAUAUUCAUGAGAUCGGUGAUGCAGAUGCUGUAACGUCUUCGAAUUUUGAUCGAGUUCGUGCUUCUGAAUUGGAUUCUGCUGAGUUACUUACUAUAAAAGAAGAUGUUAAGACUGCAGACAUAAUCUCAGAAGCUGCAGUUCUGCAAUUUGUCCCUUGCAUUCGUUCCGGUAGUUUUUCCGACAUUGGGCCACGUAGAUACAUGGAAGAUGAACAUAUAAGGAUAGAUGAAUUGACUUCUCAUCUAGGAUCACUAUAUAAAUUUCCUAAACCAAGUGCCUUUUACGGGGUGUUUGAUGGUCAUGGAGGACCUGAAGCAGCAGCUUAUAUGAGAAAAAAUGUUAUAAAAUUCUUCUUUGAGGAUGUCAAUUUCCCUCAGACAUCUGAAGUUGAUAACAUAUUUUUACAAGAGGUAGAGAAUUCCCUCAGAAAGGCUUUUCUUUUGGCGGACUCGGCUAUGGCUGAUGAUUGCAGUGUGAACACUUCUUCAGGGACCACAGCUCUUACUGCUAUGAUAUUUGGAAGACUUCUAAUGGUGGCCAACGCUGGUGACUGUCGAGCAGUUCUCAGUCGGAAAGGAGAGGCCAUUGAUAUGUCUCAAGAUCACCGGCCUAUUUAUCCAUUAGAGCGGAAACGAGUUGAAGAAUUGGGUGGAUAUGUAGAAGAUGGUUACCUAAAUGGCGUUUUAUCAGUUACCAGAGCAUUAGGGGACUGGGACAUGAAGUUACCUAGGGGUGCUCCCUCACCUUUGAUUGCAGAGCCCGAGUUUCGUCAAAUGGUUCUAACAGAUGACGACGAAUUCCUCAUCAUAGGAUGCGAUGGCAUCUGGGAUGUGAUGUCAAGCCAGCAUGCCGUUAGCCUUGUACGUAAAGGGUUGAGGAGGCACGAUGACCCAGAUAAGUGUGCCAGAGAUCUAGUUAUGGAGGCAUUACGCCUCAAUACAUUCGACAAUCUCACAGUGAUCAUUAUAUGUCUCUCUUCCAUUGACCACGGGGAGUCAGAGCCAUCCCCUCCUCCCCAAAGGAAAUUGAGAUGCUGCAGCCUCUCUGCAGAGGCUCUUUGUAGCUUGAGAAAUUUGUUGGAAGGAAGUGCUAGCAACUGA